CAGAAGUGUUAUUAACUUCCGGUUUUAACACGUUCCUUUGUGGUUGACAGUUUCAAUAAAAUUUUAGUCUAGAUUUUCUUUUUAAAUAAAUAAAAAACGUAACUAUGCAAAUUACAAUAACAACUUUGUCCGAUCAGCUAUUUACUAUUGAUGUUAGCGAAGAUUUAGAACUGGAAAAUUUCAAAGCAUUAUGUCAGGAAGAAACAGGUGUCCCCGCUAAAGAAAUGUCGAUAGUGUGGAACGGGCGACCUCUUCAUGACGACAAACUGACAUUGAAACAGUACGGAAUACAAAAUGGAGAGGUAGUACUUGUACAGCACAUACGUGGUCAGAUCUCACAUCCUUCAGAACUACCAAAUAUUGAUUUUGGAAGCAUAAAUUUGCCAGGAUCUGGACAGUAUCCUUCAAGAGGACGUGAAGAUGACCCAGCAUUUAUAAGAAGCAUGUUGUUGAAAGAUCCUAGUCAGAUAGCACUUUUAAAAGAAAGAAACCCUCCAUUGGCUGAUGCUUUGCUUAGCGGUGACAUGGUGAAAUUUGCAAAAGUAUUUGAAGAGCAGAGACAAUCCAGAAUAAAAGAGGAGCAAAAAAGAAUACAACUAUUGAGUGCUGACCCUUUUGAUCCACAUGCCCAGCAGCAGAUUGAAGAAGCUAUCAGAAUGAAAAAUAUUGAAACUAACAUGGAAACAGCCAUGGAAUUCGCUCCAGAAAGUUUUGGUCAAGUCCAUAUGUUGUACAUUGAUUGUAAAGUUAACGGACAUCCAGUGAAAGCUUUUGUUGACUCAGGUGCCCAGAUGACAAUCAUGAGUCAACAGUGUGCAGAAAGAUGUCACAUAAUGAGAUUAGUUGAUAGAAGGUGGGAAGGUGUUGCUAAAGGAGUGGGAACACAAAAGAUUUUAGGACGUGUACAUUUAUGUCAAAUUCAGAUAGGCAAUGUUUUUCUUCAAUCUUCCUUUUCAAUAUUAGAAAAUCAGCCUAUGGAUAUGUUGCUGGGUUUAGAUAUGCUCAAAAGACAUCAGUGUGUUAUAGAUCUUAAGAAAAAUCAGCUUGAGAUAGGAACAACUGGGACAAUAACUCCAUUCUUAGGAGAGGCAGAUCUUCCAGAACAUGCCCGGCUCAAUCAACCUGGAAGUUCACAUAAUCAAGAUGAUGACAGGGAUUUGGCAGAGGCUCUUUCAAAAUCAGCACAAGAAUCUGCUGGCUCAUCGUCUAGUAAAACUCCAUCUACCAGAAAUCAGCCAUCUCCAUCUCCCCAUCAAUUUUCAGAAGAGGUUGUUUCACAGCUCAUGAAAAAUGGUUUCAGCAGAAAUGCAGUCCUUGAGGAGUUAAGACGUUCUAAUGGAAAUGCUGACCAAGCCUUGGCAACCUUGUUUUCAAAAUCAUUUAGUAUGCCUUGAUGUUUUGCUCUUUCUUUUAAUGUGCAUUAUAUUGUAUUUAUUGUAGGGUCAUGCAGUUAUCAAUGAUGAGUUUUAUAAAGCCUUCAGAUGUCAUUGACUUUUAUUUUAUAACUUGGCAUUUCAUUUUAGAAAAAGAACAAAUAAUACAAUAACAACUCUCGUAUUGCUUAAUCAGUUUUGCUGUUUGUUUACACAUGUUUACUUGAAGUAGUUUUGAAUGACACAUCCUUUCUUAUAAUAGUACAAUUUUGCUGGUCCGGUAUUGUGUUAUGUUUUACUUCUAGGGAAUUGUACUUCUUUUUUUUUUUUUCUAUGAAAUAUAAGUAUAGUGAUAUUAUUCUACACUAUUCAUGUAUUGUCACAGAUAGUCGUAUAAUAGCUAGCUUAAGAAUCAUUUUUAUAAGAUCAUAACAUUACGGCUUAAAAAAAAAAUACUUUUUUUUUAUCUACAUAAUUGCUUCCAUUUACCAUAAUAGUUUUAGCAAAAUGUCAUUAAAUAUUUUGUUUCAACAAAAAAAUAAAUGCCUUAAACUCUAUUUUUUUACUUUCUCAACAAUUUUAUUCUUACAACCCACUAUCUCUGCUUAAAACAAGGUACAGUUAGCUUGAAACAUCACUAAUUCCUAUAGUGUUCAACGUUUUACUGUAUGCAGCUCAAGAAUGCUUGGAAUAUUAAAUGUCAGCUCUAACUACCUUGCUAGUUUUGUUCAAACAGGGCUUUAAUACAGUUCAACCAGUUUCUACAGCUUUUUCACACAGUGGGUAGAUAGAUUUAAAGAGAAAGAAACUUGUUUUGUAUAUAUUUUAAAGUGCUUAGUAAAGAAAACGUUCUUUAGUGGUAUUACUAUUCCCCAUUCUAUAUUUAAUGUACAUCUUAAAUAAAAACUAAUUAUUUUGUAUGAGGUAUAAAUAGUUCAUUACAUUAUUGUAGUAAAAAAAAAAAAAGAAAUAUUAAUUUAUGUGAUGACAUUACUAAGCUUUGAUUUAUCCAAAAAGCAUCACUGCUAAGUGUUGAUCAACUUUUGUUGAUGCUUUCCCUGCUCUGCUUCAAUUAUUCCUAUCUUAAGGUUCUUAUUUGAAGUCUGACUGUUUACUUAUCUUGUUUGUAUCACAGACAGAUCAGAGAAGCCUCCACCGCCAUGCAAAAUUCAAUAAUUUUUUCCUGUAAAUGCUAAUAGUAAGAUUUCCUUUUUCAAUUUUAGUUUGUUUGUUUUUUUUAAUGACUAGUUUGACUACUAUGAAUGAAUGUGUUGUUUAUUCUGUUUGUUGUAUUUAUAUUUUUAUAUUUCACUAUUUCAAAACAUAUCCUUGUGAUUUUUUUUUUUUUUUGUUGAAAAUACUUCAAUGACUUUUCAUAAGCACAUAUACAAGUUGUAAAUAUUUGAUAAAUGUGCAAACUAUGCAAUAAAAUUGUCUGGAUAAUUGUGGUCAAUAUUUUUUUUUUAUAACUUUUUUGUUAUUAAUAUUAUUUACCAAGAUACAAAAUCUCUCUUUUCAUAGCAGUUAAAUUAAAAAAGUUUUUGGUUUAAAUUUUCAGAUAUAAUUAAAAGAAAACUAGGUUUAAAAAAUACAUUGUUUAGUUAGUGCUAAUUUCAUUUUAUUGAGCAAUAGUUUUCUUUUUCCAGUUAAAAGUUGUUCAGCCUUUGGCAUUUUGUAUGUGUGCUUACUUAAAUAAUUUGACAUGGUACUCAAUUCAGUAGCUCUUGCAUCCAUUUCUUUUUGUAUGUGAUUAAGACUCAUGAGUUAAAUCCUAGUAACUGUGAAUAGAAAAAGUCUUGAGCAUGUGAUCACGACCAUGUUUGUGUCCUAACCAUUCUUUUGAUUAGGGAAUUGUGCAAUACAAAACUUAAAGAGUCAAGAUAAAAAUUCAAAUGAAGUUAUUUUUUUAAAUUUUGAGCAUAGGUAAACGUGUCUAACUCGUAUUUGAAAUAUAUAACUCCGUUUGUAAUGGUUAAGUUAGUUAAGAGUUAAUAAAAUUAUGUGCACAAAAUGGUUUUUACAUUUGCUUAUCUUACAAGUAGAUUGAGAAGAAAACAAGUGACAUGUGGAGAUUAGUGUUUGUGUGUUUGAUAGUAACAAAUUGUACUACAAAUGGUUUUGAGAUUUACACAUUUUUUUUUACUGUUCACUUUGUAAGUAGUUUCAAGCAUGGAUAGGUUUGUAUUAAUGUUAAGCAUGUAUUAUUUCAUUUCAUAUUUUAUAGCAAAGUUAUUAAUCUUGAAAAAUAGUAAUACUGGGAUACUGUGAAGAGUGCAGAUUAUAUCUGAAAAAUAUUGUUUCUUUAAUAUAUAUUUUAAUUGACAUUGCUCCAAAUAUGUUUUUUUAAAAUAAUAGGUUUUAAUGCUUAAUUUUCCUCAUGCCAGAAAGAUGCAGUAUGACAUGUGUAUAGUGGUGUAUUUAAUUUAUAGUAGUAGAAAUGAAUUUGGUUUGUAUUGAUCAAAUGAUUGUCCCAUGAAACUGUUACUUCUCCCUGUACAUUGUACACUUUGUUGAUCUGGACAUUUCCUCUCAUGUUGACGAAGUCUUUUAUUUGCCUGUUUUUACAUUCAUUUUGCUUUGUAGGAAAAUGAUAAUGAUGGGAAAUAAAUUGAAACAGACUA